UCGCCGCGAUCCGCCGCCGAAUGCUACCAGAGAAGCUAGCUGGUCUUCUUUACCACCUUUUGCUGUGUUUUUGUGCAUGCUGCCUGAAAAUGAAAUUUAACAUUGGGAAUGGGGUUCAGCUUCCAGAAUGUUAUAAUCCCAAAUGAGAGAGGAAAAAUAGCAUUCGAAGAUGAAACGAGUCAAUGGAGACCACAUUCAGACAGCUGUUAAACUCCAUUUGAGGAAAAGACAAUUUGUGGACUGCGAGGGUUCACAUCAAACUGAGAUUCCCCUUGCUCAAGAUGUUGUUUCUAUGGCAACAGAUGAACUACUCUUUGGAAUAGCAGGAGCAUCAAGAGCCAUCUCCAAUGCAUCAUGUGAAAGUGACACAUCUGUUUAUGAAGAACAAUACAAGCGCUUUAAACAUUUCAUCGAGGGCGCAAUUGACGAUUACAAGGCUCCUUUGAAGCAGCUGUAUUUCCCAGUGUUUGUUCACAUAUUUCUUGAUAUGAUCUAUGCUGGCCAAAAAGCUGCUGCUCAUGUUUUCUAUGAAAAGCACAGUCAGGACUUUGCCGUUGAACCUCAUCAGCGACAUCUGAUCAAUCUGCUGUCGGGAAUUUAUGAUCGAAUGGACAUUCUGAUGAACACAUCUGUAGCGUCUUUCAGGGAAGGCAAGGCAGUAGUGAAGUUCGACAAUGAAGUGUUGGAUUACUUGCUGCGAUUUCUUCAAUGCUGUAACAGUACUAUACUCAUAAAAUGCCUAGAUCAGCACAUUGCCUUAGAAGUAAAUGAUUCUUCCAAUAAUACUGUUUCACCACAAGAGGUCAAAGUGCAUCCAUCUCAAAGUAAGAAACAUGAGCAGUUUGAUAAGAAAUCCAUGGAGACAAGCACCCUCAAUCAGGCUAUUCAGAAAGUUUGUAACGGGGCACCAUCUAUGCCUUCCAUCUGCCACUACACAGUACUUAAUUCAUAUCAGGGGCUUACAUGCACAUCCCUAUCCCAUAAUGGUCAGUUGCUCUGCGGUGGAUUUGAAGACUCCAGUCUGAGAGUUUGGAGUCUAACUUCCAAGAAACUGAAGAGACAACAGAGGGCAGCAGAUGUCAGCAAGAUUCACAUUGCUGGCGAGUAUGUUGAAGAGAAACUCGAAGCUGAAAGGGUUGGAAAUGAAUGCAGGACACUAAGAGGACACAGUGGUCCAGUAUAUGAUUGCACUUUUCUGAAAAAUUCAGAUUACUUACUCUCCUGUUCUGAGGACUCAACUGUACGUGCGUGGGACUUAAACUCAUUCUCUAAUACUGCGACAUAUAAAGGGCAUAACUACCCGGUGUGGUGUAUUGACUCUGGACCAAUGGGUGUGUAUUUUGCAACUGGUUCAAAAGACCGUACCGCUCGGCUCUGGUCACUUGACCGGAUGUAUCCACUCAGGAUUUAUGCUGGACAUUUCAUGGAUGUUGAUGGUUCAAUCAACACUCUUGCCUUCUCUCCUGAUGGAAAGGUGCUAGCUUCGGCAGGAGAAGACAGAAAAAUUCGUUUAUGGGAUCUUGCAACCGGGCAACUUUUAAAGGAGUUACGAGGUCAUUCCAACAGUGUCUAUGGACUCAGUUUUAGUCCUGAUUGUGCUAUGUUAGCUUCAGGAGGGAGUGACAACAUUAUUAAAUUAUGGGAUGUACGCAAUUCAUUUAGGCAAACACAGACUGAAUCAUCAUCUUCUUCGCUGGAACUACUGGGGAGUUUCCCAAGUCGCUCUUGCUCUAUACAAUAUCUGCAAUUUUUCCAUUGUAACCUACUCUAUGCAGCUGGCACACCGUCUGGUUUGUAGAUAGAUAGUUGGAUACAAAAAACAGCAUGCACCAAUCAGAAUUUAGUACAGUAAAUUAAUCAUUAAUCAUGUGAUCAAACUAAAUUAUGCAUUUCUUCCCAAAGUUUUAGCACAGUGGCAUUCUGUUGAUCAGCAACAUUUAUUCAGAUUUAAUAAGUAUUUUUACGUCCAAAAUGCAGUCUUUGAAUAUUUAUAAUCUGGAGGGCAACAUAUUCUUUUAUAUUUCUACGUUAAAUUAUUUUUUAUAAUAAGAAAUUAUCUUAAUUUAUGCUGAAAUGAAAGUAUAUAUGUUUUAGAACAGAAGUAGAAAUAGUAAUAAUUAAAUGAAACUUAAUUUACAAUAUGGUUCUAGAAAAGAGUUGCAGGAACAUGAAUAUCAUGGACCUGAUAAUUAUUUUGAGCACUUCAAAAUAUAAAAUAUAUUGUUAACCAGCCAAGUAUUGUUUUUUUAAACAAAUUUCUAGUCUUGCUAUGUUUAUUUUCAAACAUAAUCAUGUUCUAAAGACUGUAUCUCUACUUCAAAUUUGGUAUACAUUUAAACUUGCAGAAGUCAGCUUUGCCUAACUAAAAUAAUUUCUAAGGCGAUCAUAUUUUACAUGUCUGAUGCUGCUUGACCACAUAUUAUGCACUAAAUGAUGGUGAAUUUAUCACAUUUUUUUUCUGAAAUGCAACAAUACUUCUUGAAUAGCCACCUAAUCAUGGCUAUAAUAUCUAAAAUUAUUUAAAAAAUCGCUUUUUAAUCAAUUGUAUCCGCUUAGUUCGCCCAAAAUCUAAUUUUUUUUUGUUUUUUUUUUGGUUUUUUUAAAUCGAACAAUAAAUUUCUAUCGAUGCACAGAGCAACCGAUCAUUGAGGCUGACAGACUUUAAAAUAGCACAUGUGCAAAAUAUGAUCUAAAGGAUUGUUAUAAAUAAUUCAUGGAAUUUUACCAAACUAUCCUACACUGAAAAAAUUUACUGCCAACAGUGUUUCCAGGGCAACAAGACCAUAUCAGAGAAGAAGUCGAUCAUUUCGUUGGAAAACCCCGCUUAGAAAAAAAAAAAAAAAACAUUUUUUACAGUCCGAAAGUGCCAUUUUCAGGCGCCUGUUCUUAAAAUUUGCUCACCUUAGGCUAACCAUUUUUGGGCUGAGGUGGGUUUGGUCCACCUGUCAGGAACCAUGGAUCCCUUGUCAAACAAUCUCUGUUGCUGCCACUGAGCAAUAUCAAGGCACACUAUUUGUCAGUAAUAGUGUGAUAGCAAUAUUUAUGGUAAAAGUCAAGAUCUUUUAAUUAUUAAAGCGUUUUGCAAGAAAUGUUUCGUCUCAAACUUUCCUCCAAGUAAUGUGCAUUUAUCAGAUUUUACAGGCUUUGUUACUAACUUAUUUAUUUUUCUAGACAUUAAUGAUCUUCAAACAUUAGUAGCCAACUCAGCAAAUUAAAUUAUAAAAGGCUUUAAAUUUUUGAAUGUAUAUAUUCUUAAUAUGUCAUUGGUUAUUAAAUUAAGGAAACAUUUGCCUCUGGUAACAUAUUUGAAAACGCCAACAAAUUCAAUUAAAACAUAUAAUUGCUCAUUUAAAAUUAAUUUUUUGCGAAUUUGUAGACAUCUUAAGCUGGGCACUUACCGCACCUGACAGUCAUCAGCUGACGCACGGUUCCAUAGAGAACACAACGCCAAGGCAUGCGCGACGGAUUGCUUUUAAUGACGAUCUGUUCAGACUGCCAUUGACAAUCAGCAGACGACAUGGCGUUGUGUACCAUUCACAGGGAGCAGAGUUGGAUUGCGACUGUCGUACAACAGUUUGAGCCCGGCUUUACUACGAAUAAACUGUAAAACCUCGAAUUGAAGCCUCGGGCUUCUUUUUUUUUUUGCGACCUUUGGAUAGGCUUUUUUUCGAGGCUACUUUUGCAAAGUAAAGAGUGGGGCUUUCUUUUCAAAAUGAAUGUUGUAAAUUUUGGGAACUUGUACUAUAAAACAAUAACUAAGAUCACUGUGACAUCAACCUGUAUCAUGGAGUGCAUUAACUGUCAUUAAAUCUCCUAAAUUACUGCAUAAACCAACCUUGUUUUUAACUUAUUUAGUUUUUUAAUUCAUGUACAGUGUAUGUACUCUACUAUUUCGGACAGAAGCCUAUGCUAUCUUGAAAAGAAGCACAUGGACUUCUUUUCGCGGCUAAUUUUGCAAACUAAAGAGGGGGCUUCAAUUCGAGAUGGCUUUCUUCUCGAGAUUAAGCCCAUUCAAUUCGAGGUUUUACAGUAUCUAUCUGAUUACAAGACAUUUUAUAGGCCUGUUCAGAAGAAUAUUAAGCCCAGUUCAGACUAUCUAAUUUUAUUUAUAUGGUCAUGAUGUGAUGUCAUCAUGACCAUAUUUAGACAUGUCACACAGUUUUUAGUCUUUAGAAAAUGUGAUAGUGUGGACAAGCUUUAAGAAGAUUAUAAAUAUGUAUCAGUUUUAACAGAUGCAUACUGCACAUAGUUAAAAUUGGCGAAGAAGAUAUUUUUUAUUCAAUUUUAUGUAGCUGUAUGAGGCUAUAAAAUUUCAAGUAAUAAAUGCAAUCUAAGCUAUUCAAAUUCUAUUUUUUAGUUUGCAAGGUUUACCACAAAACAGACAAUAUUUCUUUUUAAAAGCUCAAAGAAAUGCUUCUGUUUAUAGUAUAAAUUUACAGCGAGAGAAAUAAAGAAUAAAAAAAAGUUCUGUAAGUCAAGAAACACUCUUUUAUACAUUUUUUUUUAUUUAUACGAAACUGGUUGUAGACUGCUGUAUUUUUUGUUUGUAGAAUUGACCAAAAAAAAAACAUUUGGUAAUUACAAUUAUAA